AUGUUUCAUAUUUUCCGUUGGCGACGUGAACAAAGAAAUGAAAAUCCAACAUCAUCAGAUCAUAUAACAGAUGAAGAAAAUAAAACAUCUCAUACACGACGAUGUCAUCGUUUACGUUUAUAUCAUGGUAAACAAUCUAUUGAACGUUUAUUUCAUGUAAGACGACAUGAAUUACAUUCUGAUCAUGAUAAACGACAGACAGUAACAAUAUGGCAUUAG